AUGAUCCAGAAGACAGCAAGCAACGUCAACGGCAUCAUCUCCCGCCGCGCCCCAGAGACGGUAUUCCCUCCGUUCGAGUACGCUAAUCUGCUUGACCACGCCGACUUUGGCGAUUGGCGUGACACUCUCGCCACGGACGGAUAUGUAGUCCUUCCUGCAGUUGUUCCUCGCGAAACGGCCCUCAGGAGCCGCGAGGCUGCUCUGUCGUGGCUUGAGGCCUUCCCCCGUGGAUUUAAGCGCGACGACCCCAACACCCACAAGACAGAGUGUCUUCCUGUGCAGCACAAGGGUGGUAUGAUGUCUUGCAAUGGUGUUGCCCACGAACAGUGGGUAUGGGACGUGCGUGGCCACCCUGCGGUGGUUGACGCGUUUGCCAAAGUUUGGGGAACCGACGAGCUGGUUGUCUCCUUUGACGCUAUCACAGUGGCGCACCCAAACCGCACCGAUAUCUACGACGCCGGUCGCUGGGAACACAUGGAUCAGUCCCCGUGUCGCAGGGGAUUCCACUGUCUCCAAGGGCUUGUCAACCUCAAUGACUGUGGAAAGGAUGACGGUGGCCUCAUGAUUUUGAAGGGCUCUCCGGCUCUCAUGGGGGAGUUCUUUGAUAUGUUCGGCCGUGAAGAGACCCGUACAUGGGGCCCUCAAGACUUUUACAGCUUCACGGACGACCAGCAUCAGUGGUUCUACGACCGCGGCUGUGAAUGGGUCAAGGUUUGCGUCGAGGCGGGCGACCUCAUUCUCUGGGACAGCCGCGCAAUGCAUUAUUCGGUAUCCCCCACGGGAAAAACUGACCGAGCGGUCAUCUACGUUUGCAUGGGUCCCACAAAGCUGCUUACCGAGAAGAACAAAGAGGACCGCCGCUAUGCGUUUGAAAACUAUUUGAACACCAACCAUGUUCCUUACGGCGAGACGUUUGUUAAUCCGCGCAAGCCUGGUAUUCGUAGCGACACUGGCCUUCCCGAUCAGGACGACGACGGAAUUCCUCAGAAUCCUCGUGCUGCGUCGGACAGGAUUCUCAAGCUCGCUGGGGUCAAGGCGUAUUGA